AUGUCACGAACCAGGAGUCGACGGGAAGGGUUCCUCGAGGAGAGUGUGCGACCCAAAAAGCGAGACACGCGACGGCGAAACGAGCGAGGCGCGCGAGGGUCUUCGAGAGUAUCGUUGGAGAGCUCUCGUCAAGUAGUACAACUGCGCGAAAAAGCGAGGGGCGCGAUGGUGAAACGAGCGAGAUACGCAAGGAAGUCUUUGAAGAUGGGGAGAGGGGGUCAACACGAAACUCCAGGAGGCGGUAACUGCCCUCCAAACGCGACAAUGGCAACAUCUCAACAACGGCUGUAUGGAACAAGACGAGAAAGGCCUCCCCAGAGAGGUCUCAGCGAGUGGAACAAACGGUUCGAAAAGCGAUAG